CCAACAUUUCCCACCUUAAUGAGGACUAUUACAACCGUUGCAUAUAUAUUUUUGACCUGGAUUCAAACAAUGUUUUACCUGUUUUAACGUAACGUUUCACAGCUUGUUCUGUUCAUGUAUUUUUGAGAAUUUUAUGUGCCAACUGACAAACCAGCGAGGAUGUUUUGUUGCUUUUACACACACUGGCUUCUAUUUGCCGCUUUGUGGAGCCUCAGUCACCCAAGCUCGCUGGCUGCACGGCCGAACGUCCCUUUCAGCAAGUCCAAGAUUAAGUUGGACCCCAAUGUGAAGGACUGGGGAGACUAUUCGGACCUCCCCUCAGGAAUGGAACUGGGACUGGGCUUGGCUGAAGACAGACGACACGGACAUAACAGAGAGGGUGGAGGGUCGCCAUCGAGCCUCACUCCUGCGUUAGAUUUUCUCUCCGACUUUGCAGGUAAAAAGCGAUUGUGGGUAAUAACAGCUCCCUCACACAAUGACCACUACCUACGUAUGAUGGAAAAACAGCUGGAAGACAUGGAUCAGAAAUCUCUAAACUGCCGUCUAGCAGAAAGAGACACUUUCAUUGUCACCAUCAUCCAAAACGCCAUGAUGGAAGGGAGGAUCCAGAAGGCGACCAUACAAGGGCAAGCCACAGUGGAGAGCCUGGACCCUGACACCGUCACCAAGCUGCUGCACUUCCUUGAGCUCACCCAGGACCAAGCGUUCAACAUGUUGGUGCUGAAAAAAAACCUAAGAGUCAGUGAGCGGUUCCCUUAUCCAGUUCAGAUCGAGGCCGUCUUGGAGGUCAUUGAUCAGUUGCCAAUGAGGAAGUUGGAGAAAAUCACCAGAAAAGGAGCCAACCUGAGGUGUAAAAGCACUAAAAAGAAGGUUGUGGUGAAAAGGAAAAAAAUGAAGAAGAGAAUAAUUUUGAGUCCUCAGAGGCAAAGCAACAGGACCUCUGUGGUGACGCUGCAAAGAAAACCCCCGAUGGACAAAAAGGCCGCCCUUAAGAGUAAGGUCCAGGACAUACUGAGCGGCAGGUCCAGGUUUGUCAUUCGGAAGGUGCCAGCUGUGAGGAGAAAGGAGUCCAGUGGUGGUGGUGUUAAACAGGAAGAGGAAAAGGAGAAAACGCACCGUGCUCCUGAUGUGUCAACAAGAAAAGAGGAAGUGAAGAAAGAAAGGCCUGCCGCCACAUGGGAUAAAGGGCCAAAAAAACCUACUGAGGAGAGUAAAGAGGAAAAGGAAGGAAAAGAAAACUCCAAGAAAAAGGGUAAAGGGAAAAAAGGAAAGAAAGGGAAAGGAAGAGGCAAGAAGUCUCACAAAGUAGCAAGUAAGAAGGACAAAACUGCCUUUAAAGACUUUCUGGAUCAUUUAAAGGGGAAGAGAAGGUUGAUGCUGAUGUCAACCCCCAGCAGAGACGCAACGCUGUACGUGCAGCAGAGCACCGAGAACGAGAGGCAGCACUGCGAGCUGGCCGUCAGGAAGGUCACCGUGGCGACCAUCGUGGGCAAAGGCAACGACGCCACCCUCACGUUGCAACACCACCAACUCGAGUCAGAACCUCCAUUCAGUGAGCUACCAGAGCAGCUGUCUGAUACGGGUCUGAUCUUGCUGUUACGAUCCCAGUUGGGUUUGUCAUCACCUGACCUUUUUUCCAUGACCGUCACCGACUACGACAUCAGGCCCAACAGAGUGUUUGAGGCGCCGCCAUCAAGCCUCGCUAUGUUCGAAUACAUCGACAACUUUCCCUCAAGGCGUCCCGAGAAAGAAAAAGAAAAAAAAAAUCCCCCAGCAUGUGGAGCUGACAAGCAACAAUCUGAAGCUGAGAAUUCCCUCCUCAGGUUCAUGUCAAAGAGGAGACUGCUGAUCGUCUCUGCUCCAGCUGAGGAUGACUAUUCUUUUCAACAGCAGCUGUCUGCUCUCAAUGGGCAAGAGUGUCACCUUGGUAUUCGUCACUUUGCCAUGUUGAAGCUAACUGGGGAUGGAGACAAAGCCUCAGGGACUGUGGAGCUAUUUCCUCUCAAUGGUCGCAGUCAGAGUGAAGUGGAGCAGUUGUCCCGCGAUGUGGUCAACAACCUGCGCGACCAGCUGAAGAUCAGCAAGGACUACUUCAGCAUGCUGGUGGUGGGAAAGGAUGGUGACAUCAAGGCGUGGUUCCCCUCGCCCAUGUGGUCUCUGGAUAACAUCUACGACGUGGUGGACUCCAUGGAGCUACGUCUGCAGGAGGAGAGACUGCAGAGACGGCUCGGGAUCCACUGCCCGUAGGAGCACGGGAGAGGAGGACGGGUGGGGGAAGGUUACCAUGGUUACGGAGAAGAUCAUUACAGCUCACAAUGAAUCGAUAACCAUAGAUAAGAUGCAUUAGAAAACCAAACAUUACAGAAUUUUUCUCAAUAAAUGCUGACUCUGCAGUGAGAGCUAAUUACUGUAUUUACGGAAAUAUUGGAAUGAAUCCAUUCAAACAAAUGCCUCCCCUUCCAAAUUUGGAAAAAUAUCAUGAGAAAUGACAGCACGGUGGACGACGGGUUAGAGCUUCUGCCUCACAGUUCUGAGGACUGGGGUUCAAUCCCCAGCCCCACCUAUGUGGAGUUUGCAUGUGCUCCCCGUGCCUGUGUGGGUUUUCUCUCUUCUCCGUAUAAAUGUAACUUUUCAACAAAGAAAAAAAAAAAAUACGGGACACAUACUUUUUUGCAAAGUCAUCUUGUUUUAAUAAUGUACAGCCAUCUUUUUUUUCUUUUUUUUACCCACCACAACAGCCUACUUUAUUGUGCGACAGAUGUGACGUCAUUAACAGAGCGCCGUGUAGUGUCCGAAAGCUCACAUCGUGCAACCCUACAUGGGGAAUAGGAAGUAGUGAGUGAACGAUUUUGGACACAGCAUAUGAGUGGCCCAACACUGCGUCC